GGCGCCUGUUUGUGCUGCGGCGCCGUGGCCCCGGACGGCCCCGCCAGCCCACCCCCGGGAGCCGAGAGCGGCCCCGGGAGAGUUCGAGGGCCCCGAAGGGUCCGGAGACUGUGGCCCUGGGCCCACAGCGCCCCCUCCAGGCUCCUUCCUCGCGCCCGACAGCGCCCCCGCGGGGUGGUGGUACGGCGCCCUUCGCGCGCGCCCCGGGGUGCUUCCCCUUCCCCUCUCCCCGGCCGUGGCCCCUGCGGCUUAGACGCCUCCUCCGCCGCCGCCGCUCGGAGCAACCCGGGGGCCGGAUGGACGGGGCCGCGGGGCCCGGUGAGGGCCCUGCUCGGGAGGCCCUGCAGUCUCUGAGCCGGCGGCUUCGGGUGCAGGAGCAGGAGAUGGAGCUGGUAAAGGCAGCCCUGGCAGAAGCCCUUCGCCUGCUGCGGCUGCAGGUGCCCCCCUCCUCCCUGCAGGAAUCUGGCACACCAGCUCCUCCAGGGGACAGCAGUCUUGCAGCACCCCCAGGACUGCCACCCACCUGCACCCCCUCCUUGGUGAGCCGAGGCACCCAGACAGAGACAGAGGUGGAGCUCAAGUCACCCCCUGGACCCCCUGGCCUGAGCAAUGGACCCCCAGCCCCUCAGGGAGCUAGCGAAGAGCCCAGUGGGACCCAAUCUGAAGGAGGGGGCAGCAGCAGCAGUGGUGCUGGCUCGCCCGGGCCCCCGGGGAUCCUCAGGCCCUUGCAGCCCCCACAGCGUGCUGACACGCCUCGAAGAAAUUCUUCCUCCUCCUCAUCCCCCUCAGAGCGGCCUCGGCAGAAGCUCUCCAGGAAGGCAAUUUCCUCCGCCAACCUGUUAGUGCGGUCCGGGAGCACAGAGAGCCGUGGGGGAAAAGACCCUCUCUCCAGCCCCGGGGGCCCUGGAUCUCGGAGGAGCAAUUACAAUUUGGAAGGCAUCUCAGUGAAGAUGUUCCUUCGAGGUCGCCCCAUUACCAUGUACAUCCCGUCUGGCAUCCGCAGCCUUGAGGAGCUGCCCAGCGGCCCACCGCCAGAGACCCUCAGCCUUGACUGGGUUUAUGGGUACAGGGGUCGUGACUCCCGCUCUAAUCUGUUUGUGCUGCGCUCUGGGGAGGUGGUCUACUUUAUCGCCUGUGUGGUGGUGCUGUAUCGGCCUGGAGGAGGCCCAGGGGGUCCUGGAGGCGGUGGCCAGAGACAUUACCGGGGGCACACAGACUGCGUUAGAUGCCUUGCUGUUCACCCUGAUGGUGUUCGGGUAGCCUCGGGACAGACAGCUGGAGUGGAUAAGGAUGGAAAGCCCCUGCAGCCUGUGGUUCAUAUCUGGGACUCGGAGACGCUGCUGAAACUGCAGGAGAUUGGACUGGGGGCCUUCGAGCGGGGUGUUGGGGCUCUGGCCUUUUCAGCUGCGGAUCAGGGUGCCUUUCUUUGUGUGGUGGACGAUUCCAAUGAGCACAUGUUGUCGGUGUGGGACUGCAGCCGGGGAAUGAAGCUGGCUGAGAUCAAGAGUACAAAUGACUCAGUCCUGGCUGUUGGCUUCAACCCUCGUGACAGCAGCUGCAUCGUCACCAGUGGGAAAUCUCACGUCCAUUUCUGGAACUGGAGUGGUGGAGUAGGGGUUCCUGGGAAUGGGAACCUUACACGGAAACAGGGAGUCUUUGGGAAAUACAAGAAACCCAAAUUUAUCCCUUGCUUUGUAUUCCUUCCGGAUGGAGACAUUCUCACUGGGGACUCAGAGGGGAACAUUCUCACCUGGGGGCGGAGCCCUUCAGAUUCCAAGACCCCAGGCAGGGGUGGGGCCAAAGAGACCUAUGGGAUUGUGGCCCAGGCUCACGCUCAUGAAGGCUCCAUCUUCGCCUUGUGUCUUCGGCGGGACGGGACAGUGCUGAGUGGUGGCGGGCGGGACCGCCGGCUGGUACAGUGGGGGCCCGGGUUGGUGGCCCUCCAGGAAGCUGAGAUUCCUGAACACUUUGGGGCCGUGCGAGCCAUUGCUGAAGGGCCUGGCUCUGAGCUGCUGGUGGGAACCACGAAGAAUGCAUUGCUGAGGGGAGAUCUGGCCCAGGGCUUCUCCCCUGUAAUCCAGGGCCACACUGAUGAGCUCUGGGGGCUCUGCACACACCCCUCCCAGAACCGCUUCCUUACCUGUGGCCAUGACCGGCAGCUCUGCCUGUGGGAUGGGGAGAGCCACGCGCUGGCCUGGAGCAUCGACCUCAAGGAGACUGGUCUCUGUGCUGACUUCCACCCGAGUGGGGCAGUUGUGGCUGUAGGACUGAACACAGGGAGGUGGUUGGUUUUGGACACAGAGACCAGAGAAAUCGUGUCUGAUGUCAUCGAUGGCAAUGAGCAGCUCUCAGUGGUCCGGUAUAGCCCAGAUGGGUUGUACCUGGCCAUUGGUUCCCAUGACAACGUGAUCUACAUCUAUAGUGUUUCCAGUGAUGGUGCCAAAUCCAGCCGCUUUGGCCGCUGUAUGGGACACUCCAGCUUCAUCACUCAUCUUGACUGGUCCAAGGAUGGGAAUUUCAUCAUGUCCAAUUCUGGGGACUAUGAGAUUCUUUACUGGGACGUGGCUGGAGGCUGCAAGCAGCUGAAGAAUCGCUAUGAGAGCCGAGACCGGGAGUGGGCUACGUACACCUGUGUGCUGGGCUUUCAUGUCUAUGCGCGUGGUGGCGGUGGCCGACGACUUCUGCAAAGUGCAUCUCUUCCAGUACCCGUGCGCUCGUGCCAAGGCGCCGAGCCGCAUGUACGGGGGCCACGGCAGCCACGUGACCAGCGUCCGGUUCACGCACGACGACUCGCACCUCGUCUCGCUGGGCGGCAAGGACGCCAGCAUCUUCCAGUGGCGAGUGCUGGGCGCCGGGGGCGCGGGGCCAGUGCCCGCCACGCCCUCUCGAACCCCCUCCCUGUCCCCCGCCUCCUCGCUCGACGUUUGAUCGCUGCCUGGCGGACCAACUGGCUGGAGGCGUGGACCCACCCCGCCCUGCCCCGCCCUAGUCCCCAUAGACCAGGGGCCGACUCCUCGACUGACUUUGAGACAUUCCCGAUCGCGCGUUUCCCCGGAGGGCGCGAAGGGCGCCUCUGCACACACUGUUUAGACCCGCUGGCUGAGCUGGGCAGCCCCAGCCUAGGCCUUGACUCCCGCUGCCUGCUGAGGGGCAAUAAACCAGAACCAAAGUCGCCUCCCGGUGCUUUUGUGGGGCGCUGCUGGGCGCCUCCGGGGCCUUGUGGGGUGGGGACGAAGGAAAAGAGGCGUGCGAAAAGGGUUAGGGAGCGUAGACCAUUUAUGCAAAUAACAGGCAAAGCCGCUUGCAAAUAACCUGGCGAAGCGCGAAGGCGCGCGAGUCUUUCCGGGCGGCAGGAGAACCUGCAGGGACCCAGCGA